UUAUUAAUUUUCCUUUUAUAAUUACUACUAUAUCUCUCUUCCUUCUCAUAACAUACAAACAUAUUAUCACCCCUCACAAAAACAAAAACAUCAUUCACAAAGCUCAAAAAUCUCUCUCUUUUUCCUCCUCCUCUCGCUACCAAAAGUGUUUUUUUCUCAGUUUUCAUAUUUUUCUCUCUUAAUUAUUUCUGAUUUUCAAACCAAAAACCAUCAUCAAACUUCCACUACUUUUCUUUUUUCUUCUUCAUCUUUUUUUCUGCGGUUAAUUUUUCCUUUUUUAAUUUUUAUCUUUGAAUUUGUGCUGUGUUGUUCUACGAGUUUCAAAAACCAGAUUGUAGAUUUUUGUUGUAGAAACAAAAUACUGUAUUUUUCAUUGUCUCUUUUGAUGAAAGAGUGAGCUGAUAUGAUUCGUUAAAGAGUUAGAGAAACGAGGUAGUUGUUUCUAGAGAGAGAGAUGAAGAGGUCUAGAGAUGAUGUUUACACAGGGCCUCAAGUUAAACGCCCUCAACUUGCUAAUUCGUAUCGCGGCGAGACUUCUGGUCAGCCUCAGAUGGUUGGAAGUGGUGGGACUGGUGCGCCCACAACGCAGAAAUUAACGACCAAUGAUGCCCUAGCUUAUCUGAAGGCAGUGAAGGAAAUGUUUCAAGACAAGAAGGAGAAAUAUGAUGAAUUUUUAGAAGUUAUGAAGGAUUUCAAAGCUCAAAGAAUUGACACCACAGGUGUAAUAGCAAGAGUUAAAGAACUGUUCAAAGGGCAUCGCGACUUAAUAUUGGGAUUUAAUACCUUUUUGCCCAAGGGAUAUGAAAUCACUCUUCCUCCUGAGGAUGAUAAUCCGCCUUCGAAGAAGCCAGUUGAAUUUGAAGAAGCAAUAAAUUUUGUUAACAAAAUUAAGUUGCGGUUUCAAGGCGAUGAUCGUGUUUAUAAGUCAUUCCUUGACAUUUUGAACAUGUAUAGGAAAGAAAACAAGACCAUCAGUGAGGUCUACCAAGAGGUAGCUGCACUCUUCCGAGACCAUCGAGACCUUCUUGAUGAAUUUACACAUUUUCUUCCUGAUACAUCAGCAGCAACACCAGGUCAAAAUGGUCCAUCUGCUAAAAAUCCUUUGUUGCGGGACAGGACCUCUGCCAUGCUUACAACUAGGCCAGCACAUGUUGACAGGAAGGAUCAUGAGUUCAAUGUCGAUGGUUCUGAUGCUGACAAUGAUAAAAUGGUGAAAGCAGAGCGAGAUAGCAGGAGGCGGCUUGAUAAAGAAAGAGACAAAAGGGAUGGUUUUAACAGGGGCCAAGACUCUGUCGCAGACCAGGGUGCUGAAAACUAUGAACAGCAUGGUGUCUCUGAUCCUUAUGAUGAUAAGAGUGCUCUAAAAAGUAUGUACAGCCAAGAAUUUGCAUUCUGUGAAAAAGUCAAGGAGAAGUUACAUAAUCCUGAUGAUUAUCAGGAAUUUUUGAAAUGCCUUCACAUAUACAGCAGGGAGAUAAUCACAAGACAAGAAUUGCAAGCUUUGGUGCGUGAUAUACUUGGAAAGUAUCAAGAUCUCAUGGAUGGAUUUGAUGAGUUUUUGACACGUUGUGAGAAAAUUGAUGGAUUCCUUGGCAGUGUUAUGAGUAAAAAAUCCUUGUGGCCAGAAUCUCUGUGGAGUGAGGGUCCAUCAAAAUCAGUGAAAGCUGAGGAUAGGGAGCGAGGGGAAAUUGGAAGAGAAGACAGAGAUAGAGAUCGUGAGAGCAGGGAGAGGGAUCGCACUGAUAGAAGUGGUAUUUAUGGAAAUAAAGAAGUUGCCAAUCUCAGGAUGUCUUCAAAUUCGAACAAGGAUAAGUAUAUAGGAAAACCUAUACAAGAGCUCGACCUCUCUAACUGUGAACGCUGCACACCUAGUUAUCGACUUCUUCCCAAGAAUUAUCCCAUACCUUUGGCAAGUCACAGGACAGAACUUGGAGCUGAAGUAUUGAAUGAUCACUGGGUCUCUGUCACCUCUGGAAGUGAGGAUUAUUCAUUUAAACACAUGCGUAAAAAUCAGUAUGAGGAGAGCCUCUUUCGAUGUGAAGAUGACAGGUUUGAACUAGACAUGCUGUUAGAGUCCGUGAAUGUUACAAUUAAGCGUGUCGAAGACCUCCUAGACAAAAUCAACUCCAACAUUAUCAAAACAGAAAUUCCUAUCCGGAUAGAGGACCACUUUACACCUAUUAAUCUACGAUGCAUUGAACGGUUAUAUGGGGACCAUGGUCUUGAUGUCAUGGAUGUAUUGAGAAAGAAUGCAAUCCUUGCAUUGCCUGUUAUAUUGACUCGCUUGAAACAAAAACAAGAAGAGUGGGCCAGAUGCCGUGCUGAUUUCAAUAAGGUGUGGGCUGAAAUUUAUGCUAAGAAUUAUCAUAAAUCACUCGAUCACCGUAGCUUCUACUUUAAGCAACAAGACACGAAGAGCUUGAGUACGAAAGCUUUAUUGGCUGAGGUUAAAGAGAUCAGUGAGCAGAAAUGCCAAGAGGAUGAUGUGCUGUUUGCUAUUGCUGCUGGAAACAGACGGCCUAUUAUCCCCCAUAUGGAAUUUGAUUAUCCAGAUGCAGAGUUACAUGAAGAUUUGUAUCAACUGAUGAAAUACUCCUGUGGUGAAGUAUGUACAGCUGAACAGUUGGAUAAAGUGAUGAAAAUCUGGACAGGUUUCUUGGAACCCAUAUUUGGUGUGCCUGCUCGAGCUCAGGGUGCAGAGGACUCUGAAGAAGUCAUAAGAGCCAAAAACGAGACUGCCAAAGCAGAGGGUCCUGCUAUUGGUGAAAAUGAUAGAAGUGCUAGUGGUUGUGCUGCUACUCGUAAACAUGAAAGUAGUCCACCAGAACAAUCGAGUUCUGGAAAUCAUGCUAAAGAUGAUGGAUUUCCUGAUGCCAGCAGCAGUGCCCUGCAUCAAGUUCGAGCACAAAGUAAUGGCAACACGGCUGAACAAAUAUCCGGUCUUGGCAAACAGACCACUGCUAAUGAACGAUUACCUGCUUCUCAUGCGUUCCUUCCCUCUGGAGCUGAGCAAUUUCAUGGAAGAAACACUGAAAAUCCAUCAGGUCAUAGUACCACACCAUUGAGAGUCGGGAAUGCUGGAGAUAACAGUGGACUUGAGUCGAGAUCAAAUGGUGGCAAUAAACCUGCAGAGGCUGUUGAUUCUACAAGGCCAGUACCAGCAUUGAAUGGAGCGAUAACAGGAGCCAACAAAGAAAUUAGAUACUGUGAAGAGACCAAUGGACAUUCCAAAGUGGAAAGAGAAGAGGGUGAGUUGUCUCCGAAUGGAGAUUUUGAGGAGGAUAAUUUUGCAGUUUUUGGAAAUGCAGCCACAGAGCCUGAAAACAAGCCAAAUGACGGUGCUUCAAGUGCCCCACGACAAAGUAGACAGCGAGGCGAGGUACAUCAUAGUGGUGCUAGAGGAGAUAAUGAUGCAGAUGCUGAUGAUGAAGGUGAGGAGAGCGCUCACAGGUCAUCAGAGGACAGUGAGAAUGCUUCAGAGAAUGGGGACGUUUCCCCCAGUGAGUCUGGUGAGGGAGAGGAUUGUUCCCCUGAGCAUGAAGAAGACGGGGAACAUGAUGAGAAUGACAACAAGGCUGAAAGUGAGGGUGAGGCUGAAGGAAUGGCAGAUGCACAAGAAGAUGGAGAUGGAACAUCAUUACCCCUUUCUGAACGUUUUCUACAAACAGUGAAGCCUCUUGCUAAGCAUGUCCCUACAUCUGUAAAUGAAAGGAAAAAAAUUUCACGCAUCUUUUAUGGAAAUGACUCGUUCUAUGUGCUCUUUAGACUACAUCAGACUUUGUAUGAGAGAAUACAAUCAGCGAAGAUUAACUCAUCUACAGCUGAUCGGAAAUGGAAAUCUUCCCACGAAGCCGUUCCGUCUGACUUGUAUUCUAGGUUCAUGAAUGCGCUAUAUAGUUUGGUUGAUGGUACAUCUGACAACACCAAAUUUGAGGAUGAUUGUCGUGCCAUUGUUGGUACCCAAUCAUAUCUUCUGUUCACUUUAGACAAGCUCAUAUACAAGCUCGUUAAGCAGCUUCAAAUAUUGGCCACUGAUGAAGUUGACAGCAAGCUUCUUCAACUAUUUGCAUAUGAAAGCUCUAGAAAAUUUGACAGAUUCUUAGAUGUUGUUUAUCACGAGAAUGCUCGUGUUCUCCUCCAUGAUGAGAACAUAUACCGUAUCGAAUGUUCAUCUUCACCAUCUCGCUUGUCCAUUCAAUUAAUGGAGAAAGGGCAUGAAAAACCUGAAGUGACAGCGGUGUCAAUGGAACCCAAUUUUUCAGCCUAUCUACAUAAUGAGUUCCUCUCAGUUGUCCCUGAGACGAAAGAGAAGCCUGGGAUUUUUUUAAAGAGCAGGAAUAAACGCCCAUAUACGAGUGGAGAUGAAAUCUCUAGUGCUUCUGAGGCUAUGGAAGGAGUUCAAGUUGUCAAUGGUUUAGAGUGCAAGAUAGCUUGCAAUUCGUCCAAGGUGUCUUAUGUAUUAGAUACGGAAGAUUUCUUAUACCGGAGGAUAAGAAAUAGGAGAACUUUGCGUGUGAGCAGUGCUUGCAAUGACCAGGCGAAGUCACGAAAUGGCUCUUCUCGCAGAUUAGAUCCGUUUAGCAGAUUGCUUGCGAGCUCAUGAUGAUCUGUAGCGAUAUUACUCGAAGCAUUUUGGAGCAAUGUGCAGAUACAUGCAUUUUUCACUUCCGUGCUGGAGGUUGCCGUGCUCGUGGCAAAUUUUUUGACAAAAUCACUUGAAGCAUUAUGGCUCACUUCACUAUUGCUGUACUGGAGGUUGCUGAAGCAAAGGCUAUUGAGGUUAGAGGGUAAAGGGUACCGUGUUUGGAAGAUCUGAAGCUACAUUUCUUGCUCAACAGGAAAUUAUCACCAACUUUUGUGCUUUGGAUGAAAGAUUUAAUAUAUACAAGCUUGUGGUAUAUGCGGGGAAGGGAAUAGUCACUACUGCUAAUAUGGUGCAGGAAAAGAGCAAAAGAAAGGGAAAAAAGGGUGGUUCAUAGUUUGUUGUUGAAGCAUCCCCUAAUUCCUUCCUUUUCUACCUAAUAAAGGGAGCGAUGAUGGGUCAAGUGUAGUAUAAUGUAAGUUUUUUGUGGCGAUUGAGCCACAGCUGUGUAAAUAGAGCUAAUAUCAUUUCAUUCAUUUAACAUUACUGAUCAUUUUUGUUCCACCAUAAUAGCCCUUUUUUUCCUUUUUCUUUUUUACCCGAAAAUCGAUGUAAUUUCAUAUGAAUAUUAUCAAUAUCUGCAGCCUAGCUGCUUUUUUAGUAAAAGAAUUAGUGGAAGUUUCAUUUUUGCA